GACACAUGUGCUGGCAGUCCUCCGCCACAGCCGACAACGUCCGUACGAUGGCCGAGUGUGCUUAAUUAAGGUAACCGUAAACAUGUGAACGCGCGUGUGCGGGUGUUUUCUUACCGUUUUUGGACCAUUCAAAAUCGUUGAUUACUCACAUGAGACGACUUACUCGAAGAAACUGCAGACACGAGCACACGCUGUACUUAUAGCAUUGGGAUUGGAAUAUACUUAAGACACGAUAUUAACGCUAUAUUAUAUUGUUUCAUCCCAUGGGGUUUUCGAGGAUGGACUUAUAUGUCGUUUGCUUAGCCAUACUUGUCGCCAUCAAGUCUACCAUACAAGUCAACGGUUGCCAGUUUUAUCCUAUCGACAACCACCACAGAAUAGUACGGUUACUAGAAACCGCAGCCGUCGGAUCUGAAGUGACACAAAUCGAAGUGCACCCGAGGAGAAGCCUCAGCUUGCAACCAGUGGAAAAUAACGAUGACGUGGCGUUCUUUAAAUUCCGUACAAUCAACCGAACGACGAUUUCCCUGAGGUUAGCGCGGUCCCUGGGCGACUUAGUAGAUCGUCCUAACCCUAUUGACAAAAUCAAAGUCAAACUUGUGUGCGGUGUCGACGACACAUCGGCUAGCGCGUCGGUGAUGAUUACAGUCGAAAUCGAGGAUGUAAACGACAACAAUCCGUUCUUCAUCGGUGCACCAUAUAACGCUGAAGUUUCUGAAUCCAUACCAAUCGGAACGACUAUCGUGAAAAACAUAAGAGCUUUGGAUGCCGACAAACCGUCAACUCCGAAUUCCGAUGUACGUUACUUAAUCGCAGCUUCUAAGUCCCAAGCAAAAUUUUCGUUGGUCAUGGAUGCCGAUGGGUCGGCUGCUAUCAUACUGAAAGAGUCGUUAAAUUAUGAUAGCGGAGACGACCGUUUUCUGUUGGACAUUUUCGCCAAAGACGAAGGGAUACCGUCGAGAAACACUAGCACAACAGUCGACGUGAGGGUGAGGCGCGAUGAGUCGAGAGUACUAAAAUUUACCAACGAGGUGUAUCAUAGUCAGUUCAAAGAGCAUUUUCCAAUUACGGGCAAACGGAUUAUUCAAGAGAUUUUGUUUAAUCCGCCUAUAAACGCGUACUACGGCAACAACGCUUUGAACUCAACCAUAAGAUACGCGUUGGCGUCCGACUUCGAUGAAGAUAUAUUUCACAUAGACCAUAUGACCGGUAAAAUUUACUUAAAUAAAGAAAUCGACGCUGACCUGCUGCCAUCAAAUAUAUUUUUACUUAAGAUUCAAGCUAUGGACAUGAACAACCCUUCGAAAAGGACGUUCGCCGAAGUUGAAAUUGAAGUGACUGAUGUAAACGAUAAUCAACCCAAGUUCGAGGUGGAUGCCUACAAUGUCAGUGUACCCGAAAAUAUUCCUAAUGGGUACAAUGUACUCAGAGUGGUCGCUACCGAUCUUGACCAGGGAGACAACGGUGAGUUCGUCUACCAUCUGGUGGAUCCCAGCCAAGCGUUCACCAUUGACGGUAAGACCGGGUGGAUAACAGUGCGGAAUCAUACGAAGUUGGACCGCGAACAAAAAUCUAGCUUUUCUCUCCGCGUGUACGCACGAGAGAAGAUACCGUUUGUCAUACAACAAAAAGAAACUGGCGAUGCAUUCGUUAGUGUUGAAGUGACACUACUCGACAUUAAUGACAACAGUCCGGUGUUCGUUCCCAGUAACCAAUACUUCUUUACUACUCGAGUGAAUGUACCCGUCAAAGCUACAAUCGGAAAAGUUGAAGCCGUCGAUCCUGACGAAGGAAUUAAUGGAAGGGUAUUAUACAAAAUUCCGUAUGUAGCCAAUAACGAUUCGGAUAUUUUUGGAGUUAAUUCCGACACCGGCGAACUGUUUGCUAUCGUUACUCCUUUAAAUCCGGGUAAGCUCACGGUGAUUGUAAACGCGUCGGAUCAACCGUUAAAUCCAAGUGAAAUGCGAUACUCACUGGCCGUGGUUACCAUCAAUGUCUUGGAAGAAGAAAUCACCAAUCCCGAUUUCGUUAAUGCACCUUACGAGUUUUGGGUAGGCAGCGACGUUCCUGUAGGCACUAGCGUCGGACAGAUUAGGGUCGUUUCAGAUAACUCUAAUGUCGAUUACGACCUACUACACACUUAUAAGGAAGGAGUGCCGUUUGCCGUGGAAGAAAAAAGCGGUACCAUAUCGGUGGUUGAAGUCAUAACGAAUUUUGAAAGAACCGAUUACGAAUUUGAAGCAGUCGCAACGGACCACAGUCACAUGACAAUCACCACAAACGUGACCAUUCAUAUAGUUUACUCGGAUUCCAGUCAAACCUUGACAAAAACUGUGGAUCCCAUCAGCUUAGUAUUCCGGAUACGGGAAAAUCUACCAGGAAUAGCGGUGGGCAGACUUGGGAAUACCGAUACAUCGAAUUCGACGAACAUGUCAAAGCCUAAGUUCAUAGUAGCCGAUCCAGACGACGGAGAGCUGUUCACCGUGUCGGAAGAUGGCGUUUUAUUUACAAAAUCCGGGUUGGACAGAGAGACCAAAGAGAGUUAUAAACUGACGGUGAUUGCGGAUCGCAAGACUAAAACCGGUAUCCACCAUGCAACCAUAUUCCAGAUCCGCGUUAUAGUCGAAGACGAAAACGACAAUGCACCCGAGUUCCAAAAAGCUAGUUACGAGGGUUCGGUAUUGGAAAACAGUUUAGACGGCACCCUAGUAAAUCUAAACGCUCCAAUCAAAACGUUUGACAGAGAUUUCGGUCCAAAUUCUAUGUAUUCAUUGAUCUUGCAAGGAGAAGGUAGUGAAAUGUUUACAAUCAACAAAGAGUCCGGAACGGUAACUGUCUCGAAUUUUUUACUGGACAGAGAGACUAGAAGCGUUUAUCAUCUAAAAAUCGUGGCUACUGACAGGGGUAAUCUGUCUUCGGUGGCUACUCUAUCAAUACGCGUAAUCGACGUUAAUGACAAUGUUCCAUCAUUUACACACGUCACCGUAUAUCCAAAUGAAAAGCUCCGAGUCGCUGUGAGUUCUCAUUCAAAUAUUUCCGUUAUACUUGGUGAUUACACAGUCCCACAUCGUUUGGACAAUUCAACCGUUACCCUCAUCGUGUGGCUUCCCGAGACCAUACAACCAGGUUCGCCCGUACUAGCUGUCCAAGCUGAAGACGCCGACACAAGCGUAUCGACCAUCACGUACAAGUUAGCCAGAAGCGGUAUGGAGUUUGCCGUUCAUCCGGUUUCAGGGCAGCUAUCCGUAGUCGGACAGUUGAAAAUCGGCGAACAAGAGUUGAACGUCACCGCGGAGGACGGGGACGGAUUAAUGACUUGGAUUUUAUUGACGGUAUACGUUGAAGAAGACUUGCUGUUUCAAAAAAGAUCAUUUGAGUUUUGGGUGCCGGAGGGUUCUUACAAACAACAUGAAGUGGGCUGUCUGACUGCUGAAGAAACGUCAGUUUCUUAUUCUCUUUCCCGGCGGAAUUACAGGAAUCCCAUUUUUUCCGUGACGGAUGGUGGAUGCUUAACAGUGAGCGGUGAUUUAGACAGGGAAACUAGGGACUCGUACGAUCUGCGGCUAUCGGGUAAAAGAAAAUCGGGCGGAACUCCUUCUACCGUCGAUAUUAUCGUUAAAGUUUUGGACAUUAACGACAAUGCACCGCAGUUUCGCAAUCAUCACAGAAUUCGUAAGCUGAUGGCUGACGAAAUUGGACUUAAAGGAUUUGAAGGUGAACUAACCGUACCCGUGUACGAGGUGACGUUGACCGAGGUCGGAACGUCUGGUACGGUGGUCACUCGAAUCGUAGCGGAAGAUCCUGACGGGGUAGAAGGUGGAAAUUCCGAAGUGGAGUACAGCCUGUUCGGGUCGGGCGCACAGUAUUUUGAAAUUGAUAGAAAAACCGGAGUGGUGACUUUAAAAACCCCGCUUUUAGGAGGAAUUUAUAACGUUACCGUGAUUGCGUCAGAUUCAGGUACACCUAGAAAAGACAAUGCUGCCCUAUUGGUAGUUAGCGUGGCUGAUAAAAAUUUAGACGCUGAAGAACCGCUCUUGGAACUCCGCUACUUGGAAGUGGAAGUAGAAGAAAAUUGCUUAGUGCCAUUAGAAAUCUUGAAGCUGAAUGUUACGCCACGCUACCGACGAUUUGCAUCGUCUAUAAGCUACACUAUUAUUCCUUCAGAGCAUAGUGAGAGUUUUGAAGUUGAUUCGAAAAACGGAAAUGUUUAUAUUAUCGAUAGUCCAGAUCGAGAAAUUACUCCAACAUUGACAGUAGUGGUCCAAGUAGACGUGACGACAAGAAAGGGUAAAUCCUCUUUUGCCGUUCAUUCUAAAGGACAAGACAUCGCUCUCAACGAAGCUCGGAUAGUGCUGAAAGUACUUGAUCAAAACGACAACUCACCAUCGUUCAUCAAUGGAACCAUGCCGGUGAUUGCUGCGGUUUCUUCAUCUACCAGUUAUGGAACGCCAGUUAUAACAGUGCAGGCUACGGAUCCAGAUGCGGGUAUUAACUCGGAUAUACGGUAUGAAAUGGUAGGUGCUUCUGGAGAGAAUAAAUACUUUUCUGUCGACUCGCAUACUGGACUCAUUCGUACUAUUGGAGGUUUAAGUCAAUUAGUAAACAACACUGUGUUGGGUUUCGACGUCAGGGCAACCGACAGAGCUGGCGCUUCUGAUGGUAGAUCGGCGAUCACUAAUGUUUUUGUGUACGUUUUGGACGAACGCAAAGUGAUCACUAUGGCAAUGGCAAUGCAACCAUCGCUAAUUGAAAAACAUACAGAACUAGUAACCAACUCAAUGUCUAACAUCACAGGGUGUACGGUCAAGAUAUGGAAAAUUGACGCCAACCCGAAUAAUAUGACUGAUAUUCUACUCUAUGCUGUCGAUCCUAUUACCAAUGAAUUAGCAGAUAGUGAUUUGCUAAUGAACUUGAUGUUGGAUCAUCAGACUACGAUCAGUAAUACUUUUAAACCUUUACAUUUUGUCGGAUUUUCUCGAAUGCCUAAGAAAUACGGCGACGUCGUUGUAGAACAUUCGUUUAGUCUUUACACGACAAUUGAACUGUUGACAGUAUUAUUUGGAUUCUUCAUAUUUAUGGGUGCUAUUAUUGGUGUGGCUUGCGUUUGCACAGGACGUAGGAAAGAAAAGAAAAACAACACGCUGACUUAUGGUAACUUUGGUUUUCACGAGGGAUAUCCGUUUACGUUAAGUGACGGUAGCUUGGCUAGACUAUCGACUUGCGAACCUAGGUCUUUGGUCAACCCAACUUCGUUCGUGGAGGGCUCGGUCGUGUAUGGCGGUGCGGUAAUGAACCCUAAACACCUAAGAAGAGGCGUACGAUGUAACCAAACCAGAUCGCUGGUGCCCACUGAACCACCAUCAAUCCACAACAGAAGACCUCAGUGCGGGACCAGGAGUGAUCCAGAUAAUUGUCCAACUGACUUUUGUUCAUGCAGCAGCACUACUUGCAGCACGGGAACCGCUAGUCUAACGAGAUCUUUUGUACUCAAGUCCAAUGAGAACUUUGAAGACUCUCUGCGGUCGAUGCCAGACAACACAAGCUGCCAGCGGCGCCAUCAUCGAUGUAACGAUGAUUCAAAUACAACCCCUGCAGAUAACAUUAAUGUCUGCAUGUGCCCUACGCUACUGUGAUUAAACUGCUCAUUUUUAUAAUAUAUAACUGUAAAUAUGUACAAACAUAUUAUUUAAU